CACACAUUAACAGCGCAGGUGCAGCUCACGGAGGUGCCUGGCCGCAUGUUUCAUGCUCAUAACAACCGCUAUAGAAGGAUAUCCUUGUCGGCAAUAAGGGAUCUCGAAUUGGUGCGCAUGCGCGCCCGCAUUCGUGUUGGAUAAGGCUUGAUGGGCCUGCCAAUCGAUUUCGAAAAGGAGCAAUGUAGCCGGCUGACCGUGACCAAUCUGCCAUUGUCAGCCAACCCCCGCUUCGGACAAUCCGCCCUUUGCUCUGUUCAAUUAUUUUCGACCAUAGCAUAAUAUUCUCAUCUGUUACGUUGGCAGAUGUAAUCCUAUUGUAGAUUCAUGAUUUAGAGGAAAGCAAAGUAACAGUGCGUGUUGGACAUUUGCACGUUAGGUAAGACGCAUUUUUUAAAUUCCUAUGAGUGGCGGAGGAUUGUCUGUUCGAUCUUGGCUGAUUUACGCUAUUCCGCUUUCGAUCCGACCAGGUCGGAUCGAAAGCGGAAUAGCGUAAAUCGCAGUUUCUCAACGUCAGUUGAGCAGCUCACAGAAGUGUGACCGUAAUCUCUCCCAUCAUGGCGAUGCAGAAGGGCUUCGUGUUGGUUCACUCAGAAUUGUUUAGCAGGAUGCGACAACACUGCGAGCAUUGCAAUGAUUUCAACAUCCCUCUGCAAGACUUGUCUGACGGACGAGUCGUCGCACCAACGGCCAACCUAAGGAAACGAAAAACUGCACAACCUGAAGGAUCCACGCAAAGUGCUCUGAUAAACAGUUCGACACCGAUGCUACAGUCGUGGACCGAGGCUACGGAGUCACGACUGCUUUCACGUGCGCCCGGCACAGGAUCGUUGCUCCAAUCUAACUCAGAGUCACCAGUCGGACCACUUUCAGGACCACCAAAGAAAAAGCGAGUAAAAAAGUCGCGGAAAAUCUUGGCACUAGAUCGAUUUGUUCAAAACGUACCCCAAGGGAACAGGUGGCGUGCGAGACAGUCGGAACUGGGACUCAAUACAGUGAAAGAGUACGAAGAUGUUAUCCAAAGAUUCUCUCGGAGUGCAUGCGUUGCAUCCAAGAGGGAAUACUGCAAAGAGCUCGGAGAUUCGGGUGGUGAACUCAUCACGGUAGGGAAAAGAUUGGCUAUUCUCACAAAGUCAUCGCUCGAGAAUGUGCAUCUCCAGAGGUCAUUUGCGUAUUUUCAUGUGCUUAUACUCCUAUCAUAUUGCGAAAUACUCCGGCAGAAAGGUGUCUCUGGCAAAGCAAUCGACGAGCUCGUUCAGACUAUCACCCAAAUUAGGGAAAACGAUCGGAAAUCGCUUCUAGAUACCGUUCCAUGGAUACAUCAACUGAUUAUUGAGCUCGUCCGCAGAGGCUGGACGCUUUAUCGGGCCACCGAAAUAUUCUUUUUAAACGCUAUAUCCAUAUCUGAUCUAGUUCGGAUUCGAGGCGAUGAAACUUCCAGAUCUAUUCUUGAACACCUCUCGGCAAAGACUUUUGUAGAACACAGCUACAAUGACUGCUUGACUCCCAGCUACAGCAUUCCGGGACUCAUUACUCUUCUUCUUGACUCGGUUAAUUCUACAAAUCAAUCCACACUUACAGAAGUAUAUCGUGCGCUGGGAUAUGACUUGUCGGACCUGCCGACAUCACUGGUGGGGAUUUAUAAAGUUCAUCCCGCCAAAAUUGCUCCAGCUUACCAAGUGUCUCGGGAAUUCGAGAACUUGACGCACAACUCCUUCAUUGCAGGUGUUACUCGAAACGGGGCCGAUUACGAAGAGAACAUGAAUCGAAGUAUGAUCGUGUGCGCGGAGAAGACACUCCUCUCACUUAUCUGUACCAUUGGAUCCAUCCCCAGAUUCGUGCUAGAACAAGCCGUCUCUCCCCAGAAGAGGUGGAAUGAAUAUGGUAGAGAGUAUGAGACCAACCCCCAAAACUCCCAAUUUGGUCCCCAUCUAAAGGACCUAUUCUUGGACUCUGGUAGAUUGUGGCAAACUCUGGAGCAUCUGGUAUCACUUGCAGCUAUUGGGGUGGAGAAUUGUAGCAACAUGGAGGUUUACAUUUGUGCUUCAACACCCACUGAAUAUAUAUGCGGCCAACAAAGAUCAUAUUGGAUCGAACAAGCUCUUUGGUUGUUUUGCUAUAUAUUUCCCCGUAACCCAACAACUCUGACAGUCUCAGAAAAGGAAAAGUUGUUGACAGUUUUGGGAGACUUGCUCCGCUCCUAUGCUGAGACUGGUUCAGAAAUUCCAGCAAACGACGAAGUCAUCGAAACUUUACUAUCAGCAUCGAAGUUUGGGCCCUUAGCCCGACGACGUCUAAUUCUCUCACUGGUGGAUCGAUUGCUUGAGAAGAUGGAUAGCACAUAUUUACACGCCGAAGCUAUCUACCAACGCAGUGUAAUUUUGCGUCUCAAAGGAGAUAUAGCUGGCUCAACCCAGCUCCUCCAGGAAUUUUUGAAUCGAGCAGAUCUAUCCACACGACUGCAAUCCCAUUCCAUUCUUGGACUUCUACAUCUUUCUCAAGCGACCAACUAUGCCUACAACUUUGACUUCCUAUCAGCUGACAAGGAAUCAAAGAUGUGGAUACCCACUGAGUCCAACGGUACAGAGGAUCAGCUUGACGUCGUAUGGAACCAGAUCCAUUCCGCCGGCAGAAUUUCGAGAGGACAAGGGCAUUUUCAAACCGCAUGUUUGUUUUUUGAGCGAUGUCUCCAAAGGGAUCCACUUCGCGAAUCCAAAAGACACUUGGCCCUAGCUCACCUCGUAGAUUCCUACAUAGAGGUAGAUUUUCUGGAACGGCGUGAGAUUUAUUCACAAUCACUCGGGGACCUGCUCGAUAAAGCUGAAAAGCUGGUUACGCCGGAGAUCAAGAAUACGAGACAUCACGCGCCGCAUUCAAAAGGAUAUCGCAGGCUACUUCUUUCUUUGUCUGAGAUUGAGAUUAGGCGAAGCCAAUUUACGGCAGCGGAGCAGCUAUUAAAGGAAGUCUCCGACAUUUAUGAAAAGCUGAUUGAUCCUGAUAUCAUUGACCGGCUAGGACACGUACGGGCACUCAUCGCUCUUGCGCGUGUUUCUCCCCUUUCUGAGGGGGAAGCUCGCUGGAAAGAUGCCCUGAGCCUUGGCAGAAGAUAUAACCCGCUUGAGGAAGAAGUUUUUACAGUCGCUCUCAUUCACCUUUUCAUUUGCGUCGUGCGUCUCCAGGGCAGGGAUUCAGAAGGGGCCAAAGCUGCGUUCGACUACGCAGCGGGGAUAUGUCAAACAAAACCUCCGCAAUUUUUGAUGCCUGGGGUUGGUACAUUCUUAUUCGCCGAUGUGCAAUAUCAGAUUGAGUUACUUGCUGGUUGGAAGUUGCCCAGGCGAGAGUUGCGAAGAAGUCCUCUAGACAUGGACAAGAAGGUUUAUGAAGGAUUCAAGAGUGACGAUGUCACGGACGAGAUGCUUGAUGAAGCCGCCAAGCUCUUCUCCGAGAAUUACGGUGUUUGGGGCGAGCAUGCCGCAGAGCAGAUGGGAAAGUUUGCGAAAGCAGGUCGUCCCGUUCGGCUAAGCAGACAAAGACUUCGGGAUGAAUAUCUUCCCAGAGAAAUCUCUUCAUACGUUAGAGUUACUGUCAACGGUCACCUUGCUGGUAAUGCUUUUGCCUGUCGAUGGUCUGUCGGUGGCAGAACUAUUUGCUGGAUCACUCAGUUAGUGGUCCACCGCGACUUCCGUGAACGUGGGCUUGCUGCUGGACUCCUCGACGAGAUCAAACUAGAUGGAGAUGACGUCUACGGUGUUAUGAGCUCCCACCCAGCUGCUUGUCUGGCUGCUUCAAGAGCAUACAAGAGGCCAAUCGACACUGCCUCACUCGAGUUCAUGAAAGACAACGCAGAAUCAAUAAUGAAGGCAUCGCCCGUCGGUUAUGUUAUGGAUGCAAAACUACGAGGUAGCCUUUUUGAUGUCGAAGAUACCAGUGGUCUUGUGUCUAGUGUUGAUAGCGGAUUCUUCGUUGACCAUGGGGAGCCACUCGAAGCAUUGGAAUGGGUACGGGAGUCGAUGGACUGGCCUUUGGGUGAACUUUUGGAUGGCCAUGAAUUUGUGCUCAUUCUACAGGCAAGGCGUCGUUCUCGAUCUAGGUCUAGUUCAUCGCGUCAGAACGCUACGUCUUGA